AUGUUAGCGGACAUUAACGGUAACCUGGCGGAUCUGAGAAGCGAAGCGAUGACGUCGCAGAGGUUUUGUCUGCGAUGGAACAACCAUCAGAGCAAUCUACUUUCGGUGUUUGAUCAACUGCUGCAUGACGAAGCUUUCGUUGAUGUUACCCUGGCCGUCGAGGGCCAGUUGCUCAGGGCACAUAAAAUGGUACUGUCAGCAUGCAGUCCAUAUUUUCAGGCUCUAUUUACAGGGCAUCCUGAUAAACAUCCAAUAGUUAUUCUGAAGGAUGUUCCUUACGUGGACAUGCGCAGUCUCCUGGACUUUAUGUACCGCGGUGAAGUGAGCGUUGAUCAAGAUCGGCUUACAGCCUUUCUCAGAGUAGCCGAGUCACUAAGGAUAAAGGGUUUAACCGAAGUUAAUGAGGAUAAAUGUGAUUUACCAAGCAUAACGUCUUCAUUACUUGGAAAUCAAAACACAGUACCUCCACCCCCACCAAAUUUACAUAGAAUAAACCAAAUUGGGUCUCAUCAUCAUCAUGUUACACAGAAGAGGUUCCAUCAUAUGUCAAGUCAUCCUCUGUUAGGCUCGGCACUAACUGCGCCAAAGAGAAAACGCGGACGACCACGAAAACUUAGUGGCUCAUCUGACACGCCGAUGGAGGGACAGGAUAUGCAAUCAUGCUCAACAACCGAUCUUGUCCAAGGCUCUCCCGAGAUGAUGGAAAUGAAAAUGGGGAUCGACUUUCAGAGUGACGCUGGUGGUAACGGCAACGCUAAUAACAAUAAUAACAGUGGUAGCAAUCACUCGGCCUCAUCCGGUACACCGGGUCCUAUUACCGGAAGAAAAGACGAGCCUACGGAAAAUGGUGAACGGGAUACACCGGAGCCAGUGACGCCUAGGAUUAAACGAGAACCAGAACCAACGCCAAGUACCUCUGCGCAGGACGCGGAGGAGUCGUCGAACGGAAGUCAUGGUGUUGGUGGGGGUGGUGGCGGCGGCGGCGGCGGUGGCGGUGGUAAUAGUAGUGGAAACGGUGGUGGUCAAUCACCGGCACACAUACGUAUCAACUUUGAGCGAUGCUUUCGUAACGAGUACAGCGCAUCGAGCUUGCAGCAGGGAAAAGCAUCAGCCGGUGGUGGGACCAACAAUGACUGCUUAUCCGGGAGUGGAGCAGCUAAUUUAGAAGAGCCCCCGAAUAAUUCAGACACCGAGUCUGAGCAUAAGGUGUCGAACAAAGAGCACCACCUGAUGAGCAGUGCCAUAUUCAAUCUGGUCAGCGGCGGUGAGUCUGAAAUUAGCCAAAGCGACUUCGAGGGAUCUUUUAAGGUUGAGAGCGAGAGAACAGAAGGAUCUGUUCGGGAUUUCUGCGUCAAAGAGGGCGACGUUUAUCGGUGUACUGUUUGCCAUCGCACUUACACCCAUAUAAGCAAUUUUUGUCGCCACUAUGUAACAUCGCACAAGCCCAAUGUUAAGUACUACCCGUGCCCGGUUUGCUUCAAAGAGUUUACGCGUAAGGAUAAUAUGGUGGCUCAUGUUAAGAUUAUUCACAGUUUAAAGCCACACAUGAGCUUAGGCAGCUCCAGUAUGGGCCAACAGCGCGGUUACAAGGCUACGGCUAUCGGCGAAGAGUACUCAUCAAAACCGGAAACGAAUGCCGACAAAUCACGAAGUCGUGAUUCAUUGAACGGCAGAACAAGCUCGCCAUUAUCAACAUCAACAAUGGACUCAUCGCGGUCGACUCCAACGACCCCGUCGACGCCAUCGAGCACCCCGACGACAACCUCGAGCACCGGAGUAACAUCUUUGAACGUGAACACAAUGACGACAAUAACCACAGCGACGACCACGACAACAACCCCGACGACAACGUCAGCCCGCAGCGCUUCAGCAUCUCCAGCUAGCAGAGCUGGCCAACCAAACCAGAGUCCCUCUGAAACGAGCGCUUCCAACCCCGGGAACAACAACAACAACAACAACAACAACAACAACAACAACAACAACAACAACAACAGCGCCCUGGGUGCAAUGUCAGCUCCAACUGGCCGUCAAGUGCCCAAACGUCGCAUGCGACGACGAGCGACGUCCCAGUCUCAGGACCCCGCUGAACAAUUGACAGAAAUGUCUGUCCGUGGUCUAAAUCUCUUCCGCUAUGCCUCGAUAUCCGAGGGAGUCUAUCAGUGUACUGAAUGCGCAAAACUAGACAUACAGAAGACCUUCAAAAACAAGUACAGCUUCCAGCGACAUGCAUUCCUCUACCACGAGGGACACCAGCGGAAGGUAUUCCCUUGCCCGGUUUGCGGCAAAGAAUUUUCCCGUCCCGACAAAAUGAAGAACCACAUGAAAACAGUCCACGAUUGUUUCAUGCCCAAGGAUUGCGUGGUGCCUUUUGGUUUCUUCUUGCCGCCCUAUGAUACCGAUUUAAUUGCAGACUACCUGUUACCAAACUUACCAACAGAUAUCACCUUCGAAAUUUGCACGCUGCCGUCGAGACGAGAGUCGUCGUCUCCUGGAGCAAUUGAUGACACAGUUAUCACGACAACGACUUCCACGGCGAUGGUUAUCGACGACAGUGGUAACGGUAACGGUGAAUGCCCUGGUACCGGAAAUUGUGACAAUGAAGAUAUUGAUGAUGAAGAGGUGGAAGGCGGUAAUAGUCGCGGAAUAGAGUCACAUACUAAUAGCAAUUAUAUCAAAACUGAGCGGAUGCUACUGGAAUACAUGAUCCAGAACGACGGUUCAGUAAUCUGCAAGUGGUGCGGAGAAGUCUUGCCAUCAAGAACGAGGUGGUACCGGCAUAAGUACAAACUCCACGUGUCUACCCAGGUAACACAGCCCGCGCCGCUUUUCAAGUGUCACAGUUGCAAUGCGUACUUUAAGUCGAGGAAGGGCUACAUUGGUCAUCUAAGCUCCAGGCACUCUUCUGAUAACGACAACAAUGAGAAUGAUGAAAAUCGGGAAGAACCUGUCAACAAAAAAACGAGGAGAGCUUCUGAUAUUGGAAAAGGACCUGAUUGGGAACAGCAGAGAGAAAAAGAAGAAAAAUUAGUUGCUGAUAUAAUUGAUAGAGUGAAGAGAGAAUGCGAAGCUCAGGGUGAAACUGUUACAAGGCGCGGUUACUCUAGAAGGACAACAGUUAUGAACAGCUAA